AUGAAGGCCCUUUUAGUUCAUGCUGUCCUGCUGCUCAUGGUCACCCUUGCCAUCACCAACCAUCUAAAAGGUUCACACUCUCUGAGAUAUUUUGAAACCAUCUUGGAAUGGCCUGGCCUUGUGGAACCCCAGUACACCUUUGUUGGCUAUGUAGACAAUACACAGUUCGUAGGAUUUAACAGCAGAUCAGAGAGUCAGAGGAUAGAGCACAGAGCACCAUGGAAAGAUCAGCAGAAUCCUGAAUACUGGGAGAAGGAAACACAGGGUAUCCUGAGAGAAAAACAGUUCUUGAAAGAAGUAAUGAUGAAGAUGCUUCAUGUAUACAAUAAUAGCAAGCCUGGGUAUCACACAAUCCAGAGGAGGUGUGGCUGUGAUGUGCUGCCUGGAGGUUAUUUCAGUUAUGGAGUCCUAGAAUUAAAUUUGGAUAGCAAGGAGUACAUCAUGCUGACUGAGGACCUGCAGACCUGGAGAGUGACCGGCAAGGUAACUGAGAUGCUCAGGCAGGACUGGGAAGACACAAAUUAUACUCUAUCUGUGACGACUUACCUGCAGAUAUUAUGUGUAGAUGAACUCCUUGAAGUGAUGGACCAUGGGAAGGAUUAUUUGCUGAGAACAGAUGCCCCCAGAAUACAUGUGAUUCAUAAGGUCAGACCUGACAGAAAAAUCACCCUGAGGUGCUGGGCCCUGAACUUCUACCCUGCUGAGAUCACCCUGACAUGGCAGAGAGACGGGAGAAACCAGACCCAGGACUUGGAAGAGGUAGAGACAAGGCCUACAGGGGAUGGAACCUUCCAGAAGUGGGCCGCUGUGGUGGUACCCUCUGGGGAAGAGCAGAGAUACACAUGUCAUGUGAACCAUGAGGGACUGUCAGAGCCCGUCAUCCUGAGAUGGGGGCCUCCUCCAUCCAUCUUUCCCACCAUGCCUAUUGUCAUUGCUGUGAUUCUUGGAGCUCUGCUUAUGGGAGCAGUGGUGACUUUUCUGAUAUGGAAGAGGAAGUUUAGAGGUAAGAAAGGGCAGGGUCUUAGUUUGUGUCUCCAUGGGAAUAUAAAGCCUAAGCUGUGA